ACAUCGAACAUCCCGCUUUACCAGCAACCACACUUCCCUGCAUCUUUUUUGUUCUUGCACUUCUACACUUUCUUGAAUCUCGUAUCUCCUUUUUCUCACAAUCGGGUUUUGCCAAUUGCUUAUACCAUGGCUGCGUUUAUAUCUUCACGGGGAGCAUUGUCGCUUGUGAGACCGGUGAUUUUUAGGCGAUGGUAUUGUAGAGGUCUGGCUACGGUGGCUGGAGGUGGAGGUGAAGGUGGAAUUGGAAGUGGAAGUGGAGGUGAAGAUGGAAAGUUACCGUUGAAAGGGAUUAAAGUGUUGGAUAUGACUAGGGUGUUGGCUGGUCCAUACUGCACACAGAUUCUCGGCGAUCUAGGCGCAGAAGUCAUCAAAAUCGAACACCCCACCCGCGGCGACGAUACCAGAGCCUGGGGCCCACCAUACGCCAAACACAUCAAAGGUACAGAAGCACAGAAAUCAGCACCUGGCGAAUCAGCAUACUUUCUCUCCGUCAACCGUAACAAGAAAUCUUUGGCUUUGUCUUUUCAAUCCCCUGAAGGAGUAAAGAUAUUGCAUAAACUGGCUGAAGAAUGCGAUGUUCUGGUUGAGAAUUAUCUACCUGGUGCAUUGGGGAAGUAUGGGAUGGAUUACAAAACGCUGAGUAAAGUCAAUCCGAAGUUGAUUUAUGCGUCUAUCACUGGCUAUGGACAGACUGGGCCAUAUUCUAAUCGCGCUGGUUAUGAUGUUAUGGUCGAAGCCGAAAUGGGCCUCAUGCACAUCACAGGCACCCGCGACGGUCCACCAAGCAAAGUAGGCGUCGCAGUGACCGACCUGACAACCGGCCUCUACACUUCCAACUCCAUCCUCGCAUCUCUGAUUUCCCGCGGCAUAACAGGCAAAGGCCAACACAUCGAUGUCGCACUAUCCGACUGCCAAGUCGCCACCCUCUCCAACCUUGCCUCCUCCCACUUGAUCUCCGGAAACCCCGACAGCGGUAGAUGGGGCACCGCUCACCCCUCCAUCGUCCCCUACAAAGGCUUCGAAACGGCAGAUGGCAGUGUAAUGCUGGGAGGCGGCAAUGACAGAUUAUUCGGCGUCUUGUGCGAUCGUCUGCAAAAGCCGGAAUGGAAGGCAGAUCCCAAAUUCAUCACCAAUGCGCAAAGAGUGGCGAAUAGAGAUUUGUUGGAGGAAUUGAUAACCACGAUUACAAAGACAAAGACUACGCAGGAGUGGUUGGAGGUUUUGGAGGGCAGUGGGAUGCCUUAUGCCGCCGUCAAUGAUAUCGAAGGGACCAUGAAGCAUGAACAUGUCCUAGCUCGAAACAUGGUCCACGAAAUCGACCACCCGACCUGCGGACCCAUCAAACUAGUAAACACGCCCGUCAAAUUUUCGGAAUCCGCGCCAUCGAUCAGAACAGCGCCGCCGACUUUGGGCCAACAUACGCGGGAAGUGUUGAUGCAAUUGGGGUAUUCGGAGAAGCAGGUUGAGGAGUUUAGCGACAGCGGUGUGGUCGCUUAGGGAGAAAGGGGUGGUGGGGGCAAGGAUGAUGGAUGGGGAUAUAGGUGUGGAGAGAGGUUUUGGAGAAGAUGUGGACAUAUAUGUUGGUAUUGGUGAAUUUCUUUUCCAAGGGUGGGUUUUUGGUGACACUUGUACGUGCUGGCGGGUGAGCAGCGGAAAGACUUUUGGCCUUUGCAUGUACAUGAUUCGAACACCAAUGUAGCUGGAAAUUGGUCUUUGGAAUAGUGGUCUUGGGUUUGUAUCGCGCUUUCUGGGUUUAGGUGAUGUGUAUGCGACUGCCAAAAACUACCUACAUUAUUUUUGUGCUCAUUGGUCUUCAGACAAGUGGGAGAGCAUCUGUGCUGGAGCAAGGAGGUCUUUGGAAGGUGGGAAAUAUAAUUAUCUGUGGCGG